GUCAUUUUUUACAGUAACCCUUAAACUAUCUUCCACCUCUCUUCUUCGCCGGAGUCCUCUCCGUGAGCUCUCUGUUUCCCUCCCUCCACUGCGAACCUUCCGGCGACACACUCGCCGAGACCAUCCAGGCGGCGCGGCACGACGGCGAAAGACAGGCCUGCGCCAGCUCCUAUUUUGCGAGGUUUGCGAGCAUCAUGAUCUCCGAAUGACCUACCUAGCAUACCAUCUCCGUUCCUGAAGAGUUUUGAGAAUUUCAAAACUCUUCAGGACCUAACUACAGGCGUUGAUGACAAUUACGCAGUUGUUCAAAUCGACCUAUUAUUUGUCGAGGAUUGCUGGGAGGGAGUCCUACAUUGGCUAAUUUAGGGAAUGAUCAUGGGUUUAUAAGUUUCUAAAGGCGAAAAGCUGUUUCAGUCAGAUAUAGAAAUUGGGCCAAAACAAUAUUUCGUAUAAGAUAUUUGGGUUCACUGAUUUGUGUGUUGUAGUUCAAUGAUACAGAAAUUGAUCAAGGGAUCGAGAUUACUCGUUUUUCACCGAAAUGUGUGCUUAUUACAUUUCCAAUUGCUUAGCACUCACCGGCCAAACAAAUCUGACUAUGUGAGUCCUCAUAAACAACAUCAAAAGCUCCGUGAGCCCAUUCCUUUCGUCACCGAUGUUAAAGAGGUAAAGGAUCCAUGUGAGGCAUUGGCUCUCUUCGAGGAUUACCAUGAAAGGGGAUUCAAACACCACUAUCCUUCCUACUCAUCUCUCAUCUACAAGUUGGCCCGUUCUCGUAGAUUUGAAGCUGUCGAGAUGAUUCUUGGUCAUUUACAAAAUAGGAACAUUCGCUGCAAUGAGACCCUUUUUGUCGCUUUGAUUCAACAUUAUGGGAAAGCCCAUUUGGUUGAGAAAGGUAUUGAGCUUUUCCAUCGAAUGCCUUCCUUUAAUUGUUUUCGUAGUCGGCAGUCCUUGAAUGUAUUGCUUAAUACACUAGUUGACUGUGACCAGUUUUCUAAAGCAAGUGAAAUCUUCCAGCAGGCUUAUGAAAUGGGCUUCCGUCCUAAUUCAGUGACCUAUAAUAUAAUGAUCAAGGGUUGGAUCAAGAAGGGUGAGUGGGAACAAGCGUGUAACCUGUUCAACGAAAUGCUUGAGAAGAGGGUGCAACCUAGUGUAGUAACAUACAAUAGUCUUUUGGGGCUUUUGUGUAGAAAUGGUGAAAUGGACACAGCACUGUGUUUGUUUGAGAACAUGAUUCAGAAAGGAAAUCAUCCAAAUGCUGUUACUUAUGCAUUGUUAAUGGAAGGAUGGUGCUUCAUAGGUAAAUACAAGGAAGCCAAAAAGUUGAUGUUCGAUAUGGAGUUUCAUGGUUGUAAACCACGGCCUGUGAAUUAUGGUGUUUUAAUGACACAUCUUGGAAAGACGGGGAACAUCGACGAGGUGGAAUCUUUACUAAAUGAGAUGAAGAAGAGACGUUUGAAGCCUGACGUUGUGACGUAUAAUAUUCUUGUGAAUUACCUGUGCAAGGAAGGAAGGGUUGAGGAUGCUUAUAAAGUAUUGGUUAAAAUGCAAGUUGGAGGUUGUAAUCCUAAUGCAGCAACUUAUAGGAUGAUGAUUGAUGGGUUUUGUAAUGCAGGGGACUUCGAUGGGGCUAUGAAGGUUUUGAAUUCCAUGUUGAUGAGUGGGCACUGUCCUCGUUUACAAACUUUUGCUUCUUUAAUUGUUGGCCUUUUGAGAGGCGAAAACCGUGAUUAUGUUUGCUUUGUCUUGGAGGAGAUGGAAAAGAGACAGAUGAGGUUUGACGCUGAAACUUGGAGGACUUUGGUCAUGGAUGCUUGUGGCCAGGAUGUUGAUAUAGGCAGCCGGAUAAGCGAGUUGAUCUCCUUACAACACUGAAUCUGCAAUGAAACAAUGGUAACAUUUAUAAGUCUUUGUAUAUUUUACUGUUAUUUAGUGUAGGAUUUGAUUUUCACAUACCAAUCAUCAGGGUUCUUGAAAUUAUCAUUCAUUUCUUGUUUUGUUUGAGGUGAUAUUAAUGCUGGAAACUGCAUAUUUACUUUAGGAUCUACUUGUUUA